GAUGCCGGAUUUCAAAAUGCGAUUGAGUGUUCAGAACAAUCACCGACAAAUCUGCAGCUACAGGUGAGUGCUAUGAAGGAUCGCAUCACCGCGAAAGCACUGUGGAAUUUCUGUGCCCAAUUCGGAGAAGUUAUUGAUGUCUGCUUGCCUGUGGAUCCGUCAACAAACCGACCCUAUGAAGUUGGCCUCAUUACGCUGCGUCCAUCCUGCAGUAUGGAGUAUAUUCUUGAGAUAGAACACAUUCUCUCAGAUUUGCACAUUAAAAUCAAGAUGGUUGAAAGGGGCAACUGGAAGAGUGGGGCACCAGACCAGGUAGGACCGAAUAAUACGAUUGUGUGUGCCGACCAACAGCGAGCAACUGCGCAGCUAUAUGUCAAGGGUGUGAAUGCCAGCAUCACGGUGGAAUUACUGUCGGCCUACUUUGUGCGGUUUGGAGAGGUAAUAUAUGUGUUUCGGUUCCUAGAUCCGUACACAAACAGUCCCUAUGGAAUUGCCUACACCAACGCUGUAUUAUUGGACGUUCUAAACCAGCAGCAUCAGGCAAACUUGGAAGCGCUGCCUCCGUAUGAACGAGCGGAUUACUGGUGGCUGACGGAUUCCAUUCCACUCGAACCGGUUCAACAGCGACAACAUAAUGAUUUGCAAAUACCUCAGACGGUUUUUCAAUUAAAACCUCCUCUAAAGCUCUAUGUCCAUGGCUUCAGCGCCGCCAUUACCGCAAAAAUCUUGAGGACAUAUUUUUCAUACUUUGGUGAGGUGCUGGAUGUGGAUAUAUCUGUGGAUGCUUCAACAAACGGCUCCAGUGGACGUGGCUUCAUAACACUACGACCAAAUAUCGAUCCCAGCCAUCUCCUCAGAACACAGCAUACUAUACGGGGAGUGCCUGUCAACGUUGAAAAUCCUUAUUCGUCUGAUGUUUCAGAACAUUCAUCAGUAUUGUAA